CAACUGCUGACCCUCAAGAAAUAACUUCCCUCUUCCGGAAAUCAUUGAUGAUCCUUCACUUAUUUUUAGCCCACAUGUCUUCCUCUUCGGUACUCUCUUUUGGUUGGAUGCUUUUGAAGCUCCUAGUCUGACUUCAAUGGAACGGCUCAGAGAAUUAUUAGUUGAAGGUGGCCGCCAGCAAAUGCAAUUGCCAUUGAAGCCAGAGAUUGAAGAAUAUACUACCUCUUCUGCAAGACCAAGAUGGUAGAUGGGGAUGUGGUACUUCAAUGGAAUCAACCCAUGAACAAAAGCACUUUGUCCAGGCGACUGAACAGUCUUGGGUUGAUUCAUGGCUGGCUUCACUCCAUGUUUGCUCACCGAUUUCGCUAUGGCGGAGGAAAGAUGCUGAAUGAAAGUGGAGCCAUGAGUGAAGCUCAACAAAAUUUCAUUAUGAAACAUGCUGAUAUUCACACGUUCUUGGACCAUUACCUUCCACGUUCCUGACCUUGGACACCUGCCAAUUGAGCUAUGGCCACCAUGGACGUCAAUCACCGGAUUGUCAUCGCAACUGGCUUUACAACAAGCAACAUAGAUCCAUGCUAGUACGACUACGAUAACAACUAAGCUUGAAAAGACACAGGAAUAUGUCAAUGAGUUGUCUAAAGACAGUUAUGAGCAAGCAAUCAAG